AUGUCUGGAGACGUGAAGCAGGCCCUGGAGUAUUUGAAUGAGUCUUUACAGAUGAAGCAUGCUAUAUAUGGCGACCACGCCCAUCCCGGAACUGCAGCAACGUUGCACAAACUUGCUGCAGUGUCCAAGGAAAAAGGAGAUUUGAAGGAGGCGCUCCUGUAUUUGCAAGACUGCUUGAAAACGCUGCAUUCCUUGUAUGGAAACUCGGAACAUCCUGACAUCGCAAGCAGUUUGCAUUUACUUGGUGACGUCAGUGCAGAGACAGGGGAUUUAAGGUAUGCCCUGCAUUGCUUAGAAGAAUCUAGACGAAUGCAGCUGGCAUUGCCAGGAGGUGGCAAAACGCCUGGACUUGCAGCCACUUUGCAUCGGCUUGGUACUGUCACUUCCAUGAAGGGUGGUUUGGGAGAGGCCAUGCAGCUUCUUGAUCAAUCUUUGCAGAUGCAGCAAUCCUUGCAUGGAGACACUGAACAUCGCGGAAUUGCAGCCACUUUGCACGCACUUGGUGCUGUGAGUUCGGACCGUGGUGAUUUGAAGCGUGCCAUGCAGUUCUUGCAAGAAGAAGCCCGGGUAGAGCGCUCUUUGAAUGGUGAUAGUAGCAAUCCAGGAAUUGCACUGGCAUUGUACCAGCUGGGCACAGUAAAACUUCAGGCAGGUGAUUUGAAAGAGGCUUUUCAGAACUUGCAAGAAUCUCUCCAUUUACAGUGGUCGUUGAGUGACCGCGGCAAUCCCGGGAUUGCCUCCACUUUGCAGCAGCUUGGUGCUGUGACAGCGGAGGCAGGAGAUUUGAAGCAAGCGGUGCAAUACCUAGAGCAGGCCUUGAUAAUGCAACGGUCAUUCUUCGAGCGUGGCAAUCCAGGAAUUGCUGCCUCUCUUCACCGUUUAGGUGCUGUCACUGCUCAGACGGGAGAUUUCAAGCAGGCCCUCAUAUACCUGCAGGAAUCUUUACAAAUGCGCCAGUCAUUGAAUUCUCAAAGUCUUGAUCCUGGUAUUGCAGCCACUUUGCACCAGCUUGGUGUUGUAACCACCAUGACCGGAGACUUGCGAAAAGGCGUGGAGUACUUCAAUGAUUCCUUGCAGGUGACACAGAGGUUCCAUGAAGGAGAUCACCCUCAAGCUGCAGCCACUUUGAGUGAACUUGGUGCUGUGACCGGCCAGAAAGGGGACUUGAAGCAAGCUUUGCAGUACUUGAGAGACUCCUUGAAAAUGCAGCGGUCCUUGUAUGGUGAUGUCGAUCAUCCUGGCAUUGCAUCCACUCUGCACCAGCUUGGUGCAGCAGUAGGGGAGAAAGGAGAUAUCAAGCAGGGGUUGCAGUUGUUGAAAGAAUCUUUGGCAAUGCAACGUGCUCUUUAUGGCAUCGGUGACAACUCCGGAGUAGCUGUUACACUGCAUAUGCUUGGCUACCUGAUGGUGGAGGCCGGAGAUUUCCAUGAAGCCCAGCAGUACCUCCAACGGUCAUUUCUAAUGCAUCGGUCUCUUGCUGGUGAUGGCUACAGUGUGGAAAUCCAGAUCGUUUUGGAGGAGCUAGCUCACGUUCUUGCACACAGAGGUGACGCCUUUCUGCAGAGUGCCUUGCUCAACCCCGACUUUGCUUUUGCACAGGAUGAUCAACGCUACCUCCUCGACUGCUACGCGGACUUUACCAAGGAGCUGGAUCUUGCAGAGGACAGCGACCAGCGGGAGCUGCAAUCCAGCCCCAGUGGCUUGAUCGGUGCGGAUUUGGACAACUCAGCUCCGCUUCGGCAAAAACCACUUGCCAAUGAAGAGGAUCGAGCCCAGCAGGAGAAGCGCGUGGCUCCGGAUGGCAAGCGUUAUACACGAAGGGAGUUCAUCGAAUACUAUGGGCCUGUGGUCGGAUCCAACUACUGGACAGAUGCCAAACGUGCCUGCACAUAUUGUGCCACCUUUAAGCUUGUGGACAACGAGUUUCACAAUUAUCCCAGCAUGUGCGCCACCUUUGGAGCAGACAGGGCCAAGGUGCUUUGGAAAAAUUCGCGCCCACAGUUGCCGAGGAACAUGACAGAAGUGGCUGAGCUCUACCAGCGGAUUCCAAGUGAGUGUGAUCAUGACAACCAACAAUGCCCUUACAGGAGUUGUGAUGGGCCUCGUUGCCUUCACUUCCAACAUGACUUUUGCUCGCGAGACGACAAAUGCCCUUUGUGCCAUUGCAUUGAUGACUACCCCCUCAGAGGCAGUAACAGCUCCAUACCUUUUGGUAGGGCGCGUAACCAAGGGGAGCGCACGGGUUUGAUGAUCGCUUUGCAGGAGGCACUGGCUGGAAAGAACUCCGGGUAUGUCAGGGUCAGUGAGCUCAUUGCAGCACAGGCUGAUGUGAAUGAGACAUACCACUCUCCAAACUUGGGCUUACAAAGUCCGUUGACCAUGGCCGUGCUAAGCAACCAAGCCAGACUUACGACAAUGCUAUGCCGGGCAAAAGCAGAUGUUGCUUGCCGGGUGGGGGAAUCUCCAAGUCCAAUUCGUUUGGCGCAUGGGAGGCGCAUGGUGGGCUCACUCGAAGCCAUGGCAUGUUUUCCUGAGUGCUAUCGCGCGGAAGACUUGACCCCUGAGAUUGUCAGGCUGCUGGUAAGAGUCCAGACAGACAUCAAUUGGGCAGAUCAGAGCGGCCAAACAGCCCUGCACUGCCAUGCUGCUGCCGGACGCUUUGAAGCGGUGAGUCUCCUGGUCCAGCACAAGGCCAGGAUUGACAUCAGAGACACCGGAGGCAAUGCGCCCAUACACUUGGUCCCUGAAAUGGCAGAGGAAAGAGCACAGUGGCAGUCUCUUCUCGGGUUUGUGGUGCUUGCGAGCUUGAGCGGAGAAGAGAUGGCGCUUCCCAUCUCUGAGUUGAAUCUUCAACAAGACUUUGUCCAUUGCGUGAGGCAGUAUUUGCGGGAAUACUACCAACUGCAAGGUCAAUCAGUGUCCUAUUUUACAAUUCACAUGACUGAUGGAGAGAAGCUCUUGCAGGGUGGUUCGUGGGAAGCUUUGGGCAAGCCAGAGCGCGUGACAAUCACCCUUGGAAACUUUGCCGCGCAGAGCCGAGAGACAGAGGAUCAGACGAGGGAGUUUUUGAAGCUGGCAGGGCAGGAAGGUGCCGAUGCUGAUCAAGUGAUUCGAGGUCACUUGCACAACUUUCAAGAUCCGAAUGUGACAGAUGAUCGAGGCGAGACCGCAGCCUUUAAGGCCAGUAGGAACUGUGACCUGCCAAAGCUGGAGAUUUUGGAAUUGGGAUGCGCCGACUUUAACAAGGCAGACAAUGGCGGUGCCACUCCACUCUUCAUUGUUGCGCAACAUGGUUGGCUAAACGCGGCCAAAUUCUUGGUGUUAUACAAAGCCGAGGUGGACAAGGCAUUGAACACAGAAGCAACUCCAAUGUACGUUGCCGCCCAAAACGGGCAUACAGAACUUGUCUCAUUCCUACUGGAAUCGAAGGCUAACUUGGAUGCUCGGACGACUGAUGGAGCUACACCCCUUUUCAUAGCCUCCCAAAUGGGUCACUAUGGAGUCGUGGAGAUGCUUCUCAUCGCUGGAAGCUCCUUCGACAUUCCUAACCGAACCGGUGCAGCUGCGCUGUUCAUUGCGGCCCAGAACAAUCAUGCUGACAUUGUUCAGCUGCUUCUUUCCUGGAAGGCAAGUCUAGAACAAAGGACGGCAGGAGGCGCAUCGCCUGUCUACAUUGCGGCUCAGAAGGGUUGCGAUAAGUCGCUCAAGUUGCUUCUCGAUGCGCGGGCCGAACCCAACGUAGCAGCCAAUGACGGAGCGACGCCGCUUCUGAUCGCGUCGCAGAAUGGCAACCAGAGCUCGGCCAGCAUCCUUUUGUCCUAUGGAGCUCUCGUCAACAAAGCGAUGUCCACCCUUGCAACUCCUCUUUUUGUGUCAGCUCAAAAUGGCCAUUUGGAUGUGGCCAAGUUGUUGGUUGAAUGGACGGCUGAUGUGCAGCUCUCUUUGGAGAAUGGAACAAGCCCUGCCUACGUUGCUGCGCAAAAUGGGCACAAGGCAAUGGUGAAGUUCUUGUGCAAGCAAAAGGCGGACAUUGAAGCAACGGGUGCUGGUGGGGCCACAGCUUUCUUCAUUGCUGCUCAAAAUGGUCACUUGGGAGUCAUGCAGUAUCUCUUGAAGCAUAUCAAGAAACUGAGGCCUGCGGCUCUUGAUGCCCUGCAACAGCUGGUCUUGAAAACCAAAGACAGAUCUACGCCCCUGCUCGUGUCGUCCCAGAAUGGCCACAUGGAGGUGGUGUGUUUCUUGACGAAGGAGUUGGAAGCUCUCUCGCAGACCCAAUUGGCACAGGUGAUCGACCACCAGAAGGAAGGCGGUGCUUCAGCUUUGUAUUUGGCAUCACAAAAUGGACAUGCCAACGUGGUGACCCAUCUCUUGGCACUCCGUGCCAGUGUGGAUCUGGUCCUGACGGACACCUUGGAGACGCCCUUGUUCAUUGCUUGCCAAGGUGGCCAUGAAAAGGUUGUGAUUGAGCUCCUCGAGAAUGGAUCGAAGGUCAACCAGCCAAAGCACGACGAGACGAACCCCUUGUAUAUCGCUUGUCAAAAUGGCCACACCAGCCUGGUGCCUCACUUGCUAGGAAAAGGGGCUGAGGUCAACCAUCGGAACAAGAAUGGAGCUACACCUCUAUUCAUCGCCUGCCAGAAGGGACACACGGAAAUUGUGGGGCAGUUGUUGGAGAAGCGUGCAGAUGUUGAGCAAGCUCUUGCAAGUAAUGCGACCCCGCUCUACAUUGCUUCAUCCAAUGGGCAUUCUGGGAUCGUGGAGAAGCUCUUGGAGGAGAAAGCAGACGCAAACAAGACACCCGGACAUGAGACUACUCCGCUUUCAGUUUCAGUGCAGAACAGGCAUCCAGAGGUGGCUGAAUUGCUUCUUGCGAAGAGGGUGGAGGUCAACAAGGGUGCGAAAAAGGAAGGCUGGACACCGCUUCACUUCGCCAUCAAGGGCGGUGAUUUGGACAUGGUCCGCCUUUUGGUCGCAAAUGGUGCCGAUCCAGAACAGAAGGAUAAGUCUGGCCGUGACUCUUGGAAACUCGCCGAAGAGGUUCCUGAGAAGCUUCAGGAGAUGUGCCACAUUCUGUCGGGUGCACUGCCACCUCCUCUGACCUCUCGUCAGCGACCUGCGCAGAAAACUCCCUCCCACUGCUGUGGCCUCCCGAGGACCUCCAACCCCCCAAGAAAGCCCACCGAGCCUUACCUGGGAUGGCGAAGCAAUUGA